AUGAAUCCCUCUGGAGGAAGGAGGCGGCAAGCAGCAGGGCCCAGGGCUGGCAGGGCUCACAGACCACGAGAGCAGGACCGUGAUGUGCAUCUGUCCAAGGCUUUGUCCUACGCCCUGCGCCAUGGGGCCCUGAAGCUGGGGCUUCCCCUGGGGGCAGAUGGCUUCGUACCCCUGCACACCCUGCUGCAGCUGCCACAGUUCCGUGGAUUCUCAGCUGAAGACGUUCAGCGCGUGGUGGACACCAAUGCGAAGCAGCGGUUCACCCUGCGGCCAGGGGAGCCCAGCACGGGCCCGCUCAUCCGGGCCAAUCAGGGCCAUUCCCUGCAGGUGGGGGUCCCUGAGUUGGAGCUGAUGCCUCUGGAGAUGCCGCAGGUCCUGCCCCCCACGCUGGUCCAUGGCACAUUCUGGCAGCACUGGCCAUCCAUCCUGCGCAAGGGCCUGUCCCGCCAAGGACGGACACACAUCCACCUUGCCCCGGGUCUGCCUGGUGACUCUGACGUCAUCAGUGGCAUGCGGCCCAACUGCGAAGUGGCUGUGUUCAUCAACGGACCCCUGGCCUUGGGAGACGGAAUUCCCUUCUUCCGCUCUGCCAAUGGGGUGAUUCUGACUCCAGGGAAUGCUGAUGGUGUCCUGCUUCCCAAGUACUUCAGGGAGGCCCUGCAGCUCCGCCCUACCCGAAAGCAUCUGUCCUUGUCUGGUGAUGAAGAGACUGACUGUCAGAGUGGCCCCAAGCACAGCCCCAGAGGAAGAAGGAUGGUCCAGCAAUAAAAUACUUAUUUAUAAAAAAGAAAUUAAAAAGAAUAACCAAAACAACACUCCAGUUUGAAACAAUAGGUCAUUGUCCCGUA